GUGGGCAGUGGCCCGCGGUCUCUUCAAGUAGCAAAGAGGCUAGGCUCUGGGGAUGUCUUCCUGCCCCUGGUCUGUUCACAUCUCUGGGCAGAGUUGCUGGGCAGUAUCUGAUGGCUCUGCAGACUCGGUUGAGGGCCGGGACUUGAGCAGGAUGGAAUAGGAUCACCCUUGGAAGUACUGAAGAGGUGGAGCAGAAUCUGUCUCUGAGUCUAAACUUUACUAUUUUAGGCCCUAUUCCUGCAAAAGUUAGGCACAUCCUUGACUGCUAACUCACAGACGGAAGUGGACCCAGGAUUUUUCAAAGUGGGUGGAGGAGCAGCAGCCAGCUCUGCAGGGGUAGCUGUAUCCCUACCCCCAGCCUCCUUUCCCUUGCCCCUGCCUCCAACCAGGACGAGCAGACCAUGCCAUGGGAGCAGCAGUCGGGGGCUUUUUAAAGCUCCCAAAGCAGGCCCGAUAAUUCCUCCCGCCAGCAAGAAAGAAGUUUUGAAUGCAUGCCUGAUAUGUCACCUGGGACCUAAAGGUAACUGGCAAAAGCUUCUCCUGCACAAGAGGAGGGAAGAAAAGCCUUGUUCCAGAGCCAGCCCUCAGGAUGUGGACAGCGGUUGUAUUUGUCCUGUUGAUUUACUCAUGCAUAUCUGAAAACAGAAUUUCCAUCUUAAAGGAGCGAGGGGCCCGGGUAAUACAGAUAAACAAACUAAGCAGUGAAAAGCAGUGCAGACAAGCUUGCAAAAACCUAUCUGUUUCAGGUCAUCACAGCUGCAACUGGUCCAUGUUCUACCAGAACCAUUGUGUCCUCUUAUAUUGUCACCACUUGGGUGUGUGUCAGAAUGCCAGAGCACAAGACAUUAAAGAACUCCUUGGAGAAUUCAUCCUUAAGAAAAGAUCACUGGAACCAAAUCAAACUACAGAUGCAGAACAAAUGGCGGUGACAAACAUCACAAAUCAUGACUCAAAGGGUGAAAGGAACACACCAGCACCAUCAGCUCUAGAAAUGACUACAAGAGGGACCAGAACAAGCCCAACAGUUGUAGCUGCAACCAGUGCCACGACCACCACUGCUCGUGCCACGACCACCACUGCUCCUUUGACCCCCAUGACUGCCAACACCACUAUAGCCUCAAUAGAAACAACAAACAAGGUGAAAAUGUCUACUAUCCCAGCCACAAGUAAUACAACAUAUUUUGGAGCCUUGAAUGUCUCUGAAAAUUCCAGUGUCCUUCCCAGCACGAUACAUCCAGCUGCUGCUUCUCCAAAUUCAAGUCAUGCAGCUUAUAGCUCUCAUCCCUCAGCUACCUUUGGCAAGUCUGAACUUUCACCCAGUAUUUCACUGGCUAUUACCACGUCUGUCCCAGCUCUCAACACAACAACACAACCCAGUACAACCAUUACUACAAGCAGCAUUUCCACAUCUAGUAGGAGUACGACUGUUGGGGUCGAUCCAAAGCCAGUAAGUUUAUCCACAGCUGCAGCCACCUCCCGCCAGAAUUUGGAAGAUGGGACAGGCGUUUCCCGAGCUACUAGUCCCUCGAUACCAGUGACGGAAAUGAAUUCUUUAAACCCCAAACUGGAGACAACCACAGCCAAAACAACCGGAGUUAAGCCAACUCCUCCUCUUCCAGUUACUACAGAGGGUGCAAAACCUUUAACUAGCCAGUUAACAAAAGAAGCUACCAUUGGUUCUGGGGUGAGAACAAUAUAUACAACUGUUUUGAUUAAACUUUCAACCACAAAUGCAGCAGAUAUAGCCAGAACACCAGUCCCAGGCCUAGACAUCAGCCAACAAAGCACAGCCAGUGAGUAUCUGCUUCCAAAUGCGGCAGACGACAUCAGUUCACUCCUGGCAGUGCUUAUGUUUGGCAUAUUGUUUUUUAUAACUGUUAUAGUUCUGUUUGCCAUUCAGGCUUAUGAAAGCUACAAGAAGAAGGACUACACACAAGUGGACUACUUGAUCAAUGGAAUGUAUGCGGACUCAGAAAUGUGAGAGGGUGGGGCAGAGACCCCAAGAGACAGGCUUCAAUGUGUAUCAUGGAGACAGAAAGAAAAAUGAGCCACGCAGGCUUUCUCAUUUGCCUAUAAGACAAACUGAAAGUGCUUCCAAUUUUACUUCCAGUGCAAUUUAGGAAAAAUGCCAUGUACUGUAUUAAAAAAAAAAAAGAGAUUUUUCUCAACAAUAACAGAUUGCUAUAGAAAUGGAGUAAUUUCUAACAACCCUGGCGCUAAUACAAAAUUGCUUCAGCCAUUGUUUUUCGUUGCAAAAUGAAACUGAAAAGUGUGUGUGUGUGUGUGUGCAAUCAUCUUCCAAAGAUUGCAGAGAGCUUCGUUAAGUUCCUUGCCUGUCAUUAAUUCCACAUGCAGCAGUUUGUAAACUUCCUGUCUGUAAAACAGGAAUGACAAUGCCCAUUCACCUUUUAUGAAGUGCUUUUAAAUUCAAUAGAUGAAAAGCCCUGCCUAAGUGCUAAGUAUUACUUCAAUGAGACAUUUUUAAGCCAAUGAGCAUCAUGUUCUGCUAAUGCUUCCUGCUUGUAAAGAGAUCUGUUUACAAGAUACUGUAAACACUCGGUUUACUGCUGAACAAGACGGUUCUUUACUAAGGUGCAGAUUCUUGUGCCUCUAUACAUACAUGAUCUUAUUUUUGUAUUCACUCAAUAAAUGGGGUCCUGAAGGGCAUGUAACUUUUAA